CUUUCCCACGAAAAAACCUCAAGCUCAAAACAAAUACAUACACCUCCUUUUAUUAUUCCUCUCUUCUCUUCAUUCCUUCGUUCAUUCCCUCAUAAAAACCUUUCAAGUUUCACUCUUUCUCUAACCUAAGGAAAAAAAAGCCUUUUUCUCUUAUUCCUUCAUUCUCAACCAAAAAAAGCUGAAACCUUUCACACGAGGUUCCUUUUUUCCGACAUGGGGUUCUCGCAUUCGGACUUGGAAUCGGAAUCCAAGAAGUGGGUAAUUGCCGGAAUCGGUGUUUGCUCGCUCAAACCCAUCAAAACAAAGCGCGUUGCUGGCGGCGGUGACAACGAAGAAGAAGAAGAAGAAGAAACGCGUUCCACGACGCCGACGGCGAAAGAGGCGAGAAUACCGGAAAAGUUGCCGUGCCCGCCGGCGCCGAGGAAACGCCGACCACCGUCAAGGUGUGGUAGCAACGGUGGCGGUGGUGGUGUGAGAGAGUUCUUCACACCACCUGAUUUGGAAAGUGUCUUCAAGUGCCAUGUUGAGAAAGCCAAAUGAAUGGUUCCACCUCAUUCAACUAACAACAACAACAACAAAGCAAGGUUUUAGAAGAGAAGAAUUGAGGUGUACUUAGUAUUUGGUCUUGGAAAUUUGGUUCCUCUAAAGUGAGUAAUUUGAGUUUCAUAAGGUCCCAUAUAUAGUAUAAAAGUAAGUAAUCUCAGUCGUUAAUGAUAAAAUUAUUAGUUAAUAUUGCGUGCACGUACAUAACAAAUUAUGUAUGUAUGUGCUCGUUAUAUUAGGUGCACAUACAUACACGAUAAAUUGUGUAUGUGCCCGUGAAUUAAUGAAUGGUUAGAAUUACUUACUUUAUUCCAGAGGGGUCAAAUUUUUUGUUCUGGAUGCUUGUUAUUGCUCUUUCUUCUUUUCCUAGCAAAAAAGGAACAAGAACUUGUGUAUAAAGUAUGAAGAAAAAAAAGAUGAUAUUUAGAAGUUAGAAAGGAGUAUUGAGUAGUUUUUUGUUUUGUUUUUUUUUUUUUAAUUUUGAUUAGAGGCUAUUAUGUAGUUUAAUUAGUUCUGUUUUUUUUAAUUAUCAAUGAGAAGCUUUAAAUAUUAUUUUGUGAUC